GCGCGGCCGUCCCCGGCCUCUCACUUCCGCCCAGGUGAGGGAGGGCGACGCCGAGCCCGCGCGCCCGCGCUCCCACCGGCGCCUCCGCCGGACCAGGUUUCUUUAAAAGUGAUUGAAGACAAUAAUUCAAAAUGCCUGAAAAUCCUGCUACAGAUAAACUGCAGGUCCUGCAAGUUCUUGAUCGCUUGAAAAUGAAAUUGCAGGAGAAGGGUGACACUUCGCAGAAUGAGAAGCUCUCUUUGUUUUAUGAGACACUAAAGAGCCCUCUCUUCAACCAGAUACUCACACUUCAACAGUCCAUCAAGCAACUGAAGGGGCAACUCAGCCAUCUACCGUCAGAUUGUUCAGCCAACUUUGAUUUUUCUAGGAAAGGUUUAUUGGUGUUCACUGAUGGUGCCAUUACUAAUGGGAAUACCCAUAGGUCCUCUAAUAACUUGACUGUAUCUGGGUUAUUUCCUUGGACCCCAAAGUCGGGAAAUGAAGAUUUUAACUCAAUCAUGCAACAGAUGGCUCAGGGCCGGCAAAUUGAAUAUAUAGAUAUAGAACGACCCUCAACUGGAGGCCUUGGAUUCAGUGUGGUGGCCCUUAGAGGUCAAAAUCUGGGAGAAGUUGACAUCUUCGUGAAGGAAGUACAGCCAGGGAGUAUAGCUGGCAGGGAUCAAAGGUUAAAGGAAAAUGACCAAAUAUUGGCUAUUAAUCACACGCCACUGGAUCAGAACAUUUCCCACCAGCAAGCAAUUGCAUUACUACAACAAACCACUGGAUCUUUGCAUCUGGUUGUGGCCAGGGAACCAGUCCACACAAAAAGCAGCACUUCUACCAGCCUAACUGAUGCAACUCUGCCUGAAACAGUUCGUUGGGGCCAUAUUGAAGAUGUUGAGCUCAUUAAUGAUGGCUCUGGAUUAGGUUUUGGAAUAGUUGGAGGAAAAUCAAGUGGUGUAGUUGUGAGGACUAUAGUUCCUGGAGGAUUAGCAGAUCGAGAUGGAAGACUCCAGACGGGGGAUCACAUCUUGAAGAUUGGUGGCACAAAUGUGCAGGGAAUGACCAGUGAGCAAGUUGCACAAGUGCUAAGAAACUGUGGGAAUUCUGUUAGGAUGCUUGUUGCAAGAGACCCAACUGGUGAAAUUUCCAUAACCCCUCCUACCCCUGCAGCCUUACCUGUUGCCCUGCCUGCUGUGGCCAACAGGAGCCCUAGCUCUGACAGUUCUACUCUUUUUGAAACUUAUGAUGUUGAACUCAUUAAAAAAGAUGGACAAAGUCUUGGGAUUAGAAUUGUUGGUUAUGUUGGAACUGCUAAGACAGGAGAAGCUUCAGGGAUUUAUGUGAAAAGCAUAAUACCUGGCAGCGCUGCAUACCACAAUGGUCAAAUUCAAGUGAAUGACCAAAUAGUUGCUGUUGAUGGUGUGAAUAUUCAGGGUUUUGCCAACCAGGAUGUUGUUGAAGUGUUACGAAAUGCAGGGCAAGUGGUACACCUAACCCUAGUUCGAAGGAAGACAUCCUCAUCUGCUUCUCCACGUGAAGGGCCUUCUGAUAGAGGAACUUUGGUAGAACCACUGAAAACACUAGCCCUCUUUCUGACUGGAGCAGUGGAAACAAAAACUAAUUUGGAUGAAGAUGAGGAAAUUGAAGAGAGAAUGGAUAGUCUGAAAAAUGACAAUAUACAGGCCUUAGAAAAACUGGAAAGAGUCCCAGACUCUCUUGGAAAUGAGCUGAAAUCCAGAUGGGAAAACCUACUGGGCCCUGAUUAUGAAGUAAUGAUUGCUACUUUGGAUACACAGAUUGCAGAUGAUGCUGAGUUACAGAAGUAUUCAAAGCUGCUGCCCAUUCACACGCUGAGGCUUGGCAUGGAAGUGGAUUCCUUUGAUGGGCACCAUUAUAUCUCAUCGAUUGCUCCAGGUGGUCCUCUUGAUGCACUGAACCUCCUACAGCCAGAAGAUGAGCUUCUUGAGGUCAAUGGCGUGCAGCUCUAUGGGAAAUCUCGCCGAGAAGCGGUCUCCUUUCUUAAACAAGUGCCACCUCCUUUUACCUUGGUUUGCUGUCGACGGUUGUUUGAUGAUGAAGCCUCUGUAGAUGAACCAAGGACCACUGAAGCCCCUCUUCCUGAAAUGGAGGCUGACCACAAUAUAGACGUCAAUACUGAAGAAGAUGAUGAUGGUGAAUUAGCACUGUGGUCUCCUGAAGUCAAGAUUGUUGAACUAGUAAAAGAUCAUAAAGGCUUGGGAUUCAGCAUUUUGGAUUAUCAGGACCCCUUAGAUCCCACCAGAUCAGUGAUUGUGAUUCGCUCCCUGGUGGCAGAUGGUGUGGCAGAAAGAGGUGGAGAACUAUUACCUGGAGACCGCCUGGUCUCAGUCAAUGAAUACUGUUUGGACAACACCACACUUGCUGAGGCUGUGGAAGUGUUGAAAGCUGUGCCACCAGGCACUGUACGCCUUGGCAUCUGUAAGCCUUUGGUGGAAGAUGAUAAAGAGGAAGACAAUCAUAUUUUAUGUUCAAACAAUAAUGAAGACAAGACUGAUGUUUCAGGAACAGUUCAUGAUAUAAAUUCAUCUUUAAUACUUGAAGCACCCAAGGGAUUUAGAGAUGAGCCCUAUUUUAAAGAAGAGCUUGUGGAUGAGCCAUUUCUAGAUUUGGGAAAGGCUUUCCAGGCCCAACAAAAAGAGAUUAACACUAGCAAAGAGGCCUGGGAAAUGCAUGAAUUCAUGGCCCCUAGAUUGCAGGAAAUGGGUGAAGAAAGAGAAAUGCUUGUUGACGAAGAAUAUGAGCUAUAUCAAGACCGCCUUCAGUCCAUGGAGUCGUACCCCUCAUCGCACAUUCAAGAGGCUGCUUCUGUUCCGUCCAUGAAGGAGCUUCACUUUGGUGCACAGUGGUACCAGGAUUGUGAACUGCCCGACCCUCAAGAAGCCAGGUCCAUGAUAAGCGUGUAUUCCCAGGAGAUGCAGCAGUGUGGCUAUAGCACUGAAAAGAUGAUGAAAGAAAACUUUGGCAUUGAUUCCCUAUCCUCCAUACCCUCAACUGAAGGAAACAGUCAACAAGGCAGAUUUGACAAUCUGGAAAAUCUUAAUUCAUUAACAAAAAGUAGUCUGGAUUUAGGCAUGAUGAUUCCAAAUGACGUCCAAGGUUCUGGCUUGCUUGUUGAACUUCCUGCUGUGACUCAAACAAGGGAGCAAGAAGACCUGCCUCUAUACCAACUCCCCAGGACUCAAGCUGUCUCCAAGGCCUUGGCAUACACAGGAAUGUUGUCUUCUAGAUAUGCCACUGAUGCAUGCGAAUUACCUGAGAGAGAAGAAGGUGAAGGAGAAGAAACACCAAACUUCAGCCAUUGGGGACCACCAAGAAUUGUUGAGAUUUUUAGAGACCCGGAUGUAUCUCUUGGUAUUAGUAUUGUUGGUGGACAAACUGUUAUAAAACGCCUAAAGAAUGGAGAGGAGCUUAAAGGUAUAUUUAUCAAACAAGUUUUGGAAGACAGUCCAGCAGGAAAAACAAAUGCUCUUAAAACUGGAGAUAAAAUACUUGAGGUGUCUGGAGUAGACUUGCAGAAUGCCUCUCACAGAGAAGCGGUUGAAGCCAUUAAGAACGCAGGAAACCCUGUGGUGUUCGUGGUUCAGAGCUUGUCCUCCACUCCAAGAGUCAUUCCUAGUGUGCAUAACAAGGCCAAAAAAAUCACUAAGAACCAGGACCAAGACACCCAAGAAGAAAAAGAAAAGAGGCGAGGAACUGCUCCGCCUCCAGUGAAGCUGCCGCCUCCUUACAAAGCUCCAUCUGAUGACAGUGAUGACACUGAAGAAGAAUACGCGUUUACCGACAAAAAAAUCAGGCAAAGAUAUGCAGACCUGCCUGGAGAAUUGCACAUUAUUGAACUUGAAAAGGAUAAGAAUGGACUUGGACUCAGCCUUGCUGGUAACAAAGACAGGUCACGCAUGAGCAUAUUUGUGGUGGGAAUUAACCCUGAAGGACCUGCUGCCACGGAUGGGCGAAUGCGUAUUGGAGAUGAACUGUUGGAGAUAAACAAUCAGAUCCUAUAUGGAAGAAGUCACCAAAACGCAUCUGCCAUUAUUAAGACUGCCCCAUCAAAGGUUAAGCUGGUUUUCAUCAGAAAUGAAGAUGCAGUCAAUCAGAUGGCCGUUACUCCCUUUCCAUUACCAUCAAGUUCCCCGUCUUCUAUUGAGGAUCAGAGUGGCACUGAACUGGUUAGUAGUGAGGAGGACGGCAGUCUGGAAGCUGGUAUUAAACAAUUGUCCGAAAGUGAAAGCUCCAAACUGGAAGACAUCUCCCAGGUGGUGGGUCACGGUAUGGUGGCAGGUCAGCAGAAGGCACUGGAAUGUCCAACUGAAAACGCUGGCAGCCAAGUGAAACAGCAAAAAUAUUCAAUGAAAGUCUCCUUCAGUUCCCAAGAGAUACCUUUAGCACCAACUUCAUACCAUUCAACAGAUGCAGACUUCACAGGCUAUGGUGGUUUCCAGGCUCCUCUGUCAGUGGACCCUGCCACAUGUCCCAUUGUUCCUGGCCAGGAAAUGAUUAUAGAAAUAUCCAAGGGACGUUCAGGGCUUGGUCUCAGCAUUGUGGGAGGAAAAGACACACCCUUGGAUGCUAUAGUUAUACAUGAAGUCUAUGAAGAAGGGGCAGCAGCUCGAGAUGGAAGACUUUGGGCUGGUGACCAAAUAUUAGAGGUUAAUGGGAUUGACCUGCGGAGCGCCAGCCAUGAAGAAGCCAUCACAGCCCUGAGGCAGACCCCCCAGAAGGUGCGACUGGUGGUGUAUAGAGACGAGGCACACUACAGGGAUGAGGAGAACUUGGAGAUGUUCCCUGUGGAUCUGCAGAAGAAGGCUGGCCGAGGACUGGGCCUGAGCAUUGUUGGAAAGCGAAGUGGAAGUGGAGUGUUUAUUUCUGACAUCGUGAAAGGUGGAGCUGCAGACCUUGAUGGGAGAUUGAUUCAGGGAGAUCAGAUCUUAUCUGUGAACGGGGAGGACAUGAGAAGUGCCUCCCAGGAGACAGUGGCCACUGUCCUCAAGUGUGCACAGGGACUUGUGCAGCUAGAGAUUGGCAGACUCCGAGCUGGUACCUGGACCUCCUCGAGGAAGACAUCACAGAACAGUCAGGGGAGUCAGCACAGCACACACAGCGGCUUUCAUCCUUCCCUUGCUCCAGUCAUCACCAGCCUGCAAAACCUGGUCGGCACAAAAAGAGCUUUGGAUCCUUCGCCAAAAACCUCAGGCACAGACGUGGGACCCAGGACCAUUGAGAUAAUCAGGGAGCUCAGCGAUGCCCUUGGAAUCAGUAUUGCUGGAGGAAAAGGAAGUCCCUUAGGAGAUAUCCCAGUAUUUAUUGCCAUGAUUCAGGCCAGCGGUGUGGCCGCCCGUACACAGAAGCUUAAAGUUGGAGAUCGGAUUGUCAGCAUUAAUGGGCAACCUUUGGAUGGGCUGUCUCAUGCAGAUGUGGUUAAUCUGCUGAAGAACGCCUACGGGCGCAUUAUCCUGCAGGUUGUGGCAGAUACCAAUAUAAGCGCCAUAGCAGCUCAGCUUGAGAACAUGUCUACGGGCUACCACCUUGGUUCACCUACUGCAGAGCACCAUCCAGAGGACACAGAAACACCUCCACCUAAGAUUAUUACUUUGGAGAAAGGCUCUGAAGGAUUGGGGUUUAGUAUUGUAGGGGGUUAUGGAAGUCCCCAUGGAGACCUGCCAAUUUAUGUCAAGACUAUAUUUGCAAAGGGAGCAGCUGCAGAUGAUGGCCGACUGAAGCGAGGUGAUCAGAUUUUAGCUGUUAAUGGCGAGACUCUGGAAGGUGUUACACAUGAGGAAGCUGUGGCCAUUCUAAAAUGCCAAAGAGGAACUGUAGUCUUAACUGUGCUGUCCUGAUCACAAGAUAGAUGUGGUUGUAGAAUAUCCAUAGGAAGACAAAGUUCUGAAAGAGGGUAAAAAGCAACCUCAGCUAAAACCCAUCUUCAUUCUUACCAUCUCAUCCCCUCUGCUCGGGAGAGAUGGACCAGGUUUCACAUGAAUUUCCUAAGUCGACAAUCUAAUGUUUCCCAGCAUCUCUCACCUCUUGGUGAGGUUAAUUUCUAACAGCUGAGUCUGAAUCGUUUUGCAUUUAACAUCAGUGUUUAUCAACUAGUAGUAAGUGGUUCUGAUUAUAUUUGCUGAAACGGAAGUUAACAACCUCUCCUUCCUUAUGUCCUUCUCUCCCCAUCCCGACUCUUAUGGAGGCUGAGCAGCAACCAGAUCACAUCCGAUGAACAGAAACAAAUGUUAAACAACUUGUCAUCUCACUCAUGAUUUACGUAUGCUAAUUGUCUCUUCAAAUACACCAGAAGACAUUAGCAGUGUAAUUAACUUCGCAGUGAUCCCCAUGAUGAAAUACCAAAUGCUCCUGUGGGAAAUUACUGUGCUCUUUUUCUGUACGACUUAUCAUCAAAGAAGCCUCAAAUUCAUUUCUCUGGGUAGAUCUUUAUACGUUAGUCAUUGAUGAUUAUGAUGAGUCAAUUUACAGACUGUAAUCUAAAAAUUCUGAAUGGCUUUCUAAUUGUUUUCUUAGCUACAUAAAUGCACACCACUGAGCAAAUGCACCUUCUCAGCAGGAACGAUUAGCAUCCAUGUUCUGAAUUCUAACAAUGCUAAGUUAUGCUCAAGUCUAGGAAGUUCAUCUGGAGUUAACGGCAUCCCAGUAGGCAGGCAUCCUUCCCACCCCUUAGGCUUCAGACUAGGAGGUGGAAGCCCCAGAACCACACUGCAGAGAUCAACAAGUUUUUACUAAAGUCAGCCAAGGUCUGGAUGGCCUUGGCAUUGUGCAAAGUGGAGUGACAAAUUUGAAUAUCCCUCCCCUUGGCUCCAUACCUGUCAGACUAGCAGCACAGACUAUAGGAACGUAGAUGGAGCAACACAGCCACAAAGUGAGCAGAUGAACUGAGCGUAGGCAUCAGUGAUGGCUCCUUGGCUACUGUUUCCUGGUCUCCAGAGAGCCUUCCAUUUGCUGAAGUGUGCAUGCUAAGAAAGUAGCUACAGCAGAAAUUACAAGAAUACCUUUAAAGUUGGUUAGGGGCCUUCUUAUUCAGCUAUUAGGAAAAGGGGGGAGAUGCUUAUCAAUGAAUGUUAUAGGUUCUUCUGUAAAAAAAUGCACCACAAAAGAUGAGUACCAGGAUGAGUGAUAGAAGUAGUGUGGCAUUAUUUAACUAAAACACAAUGCUGCAAAUAGUUCACAAUAAUUAUCAAAAUGUAAUGGGCUCUGUCGUAAAAUGUUAUUUCAUAAGUAUAGAUUUUAAUUGAGAACUGUCUUUCAGUAGAUGUAAUCACAAAGUGCAUUAACUCUUGUUGGAAUAUUUAUUUUGUGGCUAUUCCAGAGUAUAGAGUGCCUAAAUUUUUUGUUGAAAACGUCUUUCAUGACUGGUAUUAAGUUUUCUGAAAUUACACAUGGCUUUUGAAAUUUCUAAUGUAUCCCUAGAUACACAGUGUUGUUAGAAAUUGUUUUCCAAUGCAUGAGAACCUAUCAGCCUCAGAACGUUCUAUGUUAAUUGUAUCUGCAAGAACACUUCAAGCAGCCAAGAAGAAAUAAAGCCCAAAUAAAACUUGAAAAUGCACCUUAAAAAAAAUAUAUAUAUACAUAUAUGUUAUAUAUAUAUAUAUACACACACAUAUAUAUAUACUUUUGAAAUGUGAUUCUGCUUGAUUUGGAUGGAAUGCCAUUAAAUACACAUUUUGAAGUAACGUAUCAUUGUGUUUCUUUACACAUUAUCCUUUUAGGACAUGCUACUAAAAGUCUCUUGAUAAAGGAAUUGUGAUGCUUUAUACUCCUUGCUGCAGUAAACUGAUAUAACUAGUGCUUCUUAUAACUGGUUCUGUCUCUGCUUACAUGACUAUUAAAUAACUGCCUUCCCAAAAACAUUUUUUUUUUUGCAUCAGAACUUACCAACAAGCUAAGAGGAUAUGAAGAUGGGAAUUUGUGAAAGGAGUUCUCUCAUAGCCACAUAUAUUGUUAUAGCCUCAUCAUGUGGGCCAUUUAAGUAUAGUAAUGAUAUCACUUGUUAGAGUUAGCAUGAGAGGCAAGUAAACCAGGAAAGAUAAAACUGCUGAAUGUUUUUAUGUAUAAGGUGUUUCCAAAAAUUCUAAAUAAAUGUAGUU